AUGUUGCUUUCAGCAAGAAGCUGCCUUUAUAGGCAAAGCCUACGAGGUCCUCUUAUUAAUCUAAACCGAAUCGACGCACGAACAAAACUCGCCGCAAUCCCUUCUCAAAUACGAUUCUCAAGACCAGCCUCAACAUCCUCCCCAUCGCCCCGAUUAGACAUUCGCGCCAUCGACAAAAAAUGGCAAGCAAGAUGGGCAGAAACCGAACGAAUAAAAUUGGAAGAAAUAGCAAAUGGUCAACGACCAUGUUCCGGAGUGGGAUCAUCGAAGAACGACCGCCCGAAAUCAUAUAUUCUCUCCAUGUUCCCUUACCCUUCCGGUACAAUGCACAUGGGUCAUUUGCGGGUCUACACUAUCUCCGAUGUAUUAUCUCGAUUUUAUCGUAUGCGUGGACACGAUGUUUUGCAUCCAAUUGGUUGGGAUGCAUUUGGAUUACCGGCUGAAAAUGCGGCAAUCGAGAGAGGGGUUCAGCCGGCUAAAUGGACGGCGCAGAAUAUUGAGCGGAUGAAGGAGCAGUUACGAAGUUUUGGACCGGGGUUUGAUUGGGAGAGGGAAUUGAUGACGUGCUCUCCGGAGUUUUAUAAGCAUACCCAAAGGAUCUUUCUGAUGUUGUAUGAGAAAGGAUUGGCAUAUCAGGCUGAGGCUUUGGUUAACUAUGAUCCUGUGGACAAGACUGUGUUGGCUAAUGAGCAGGUCGAUGCCAAUGGCUUCUCAUGGCGAUCAGGAGCCAAAGUUGAACAGCUCAAAUUGAAGCAAUGGUUCUUCCGUAUCACUGCAUUCAAAGAAGAGCUACUCAAAGAUCUUGACUCUCUUUCAGGUGGCUGGCCAGACCGCGUUCUAUCUAUGCAACGAAACUGGCUGGGAAAGUCGAAUGGUGCGAAGAUUAAAUUUGCAGUCGCUUCUAAACACAGUGGAAAUCGUGAUGUUGGAGUAUUCACGACACGACCAGAUACGUUAUAUGGCGUGGAGUACAUAGCACUGUCUUUGGAUCAUCCUCUUGUUCAGGAGUCUGCCCAGUCAGACGCUGGUCUCAAAGCUUUCAUUGAAGAGGCUGCAUCUUUACCUUCAGACUCAAAGGUAGGCUAUCGCUUGAAAGACGUGUACGCUUCAAAUCCGUUGCAAACCAUCGACAAGGAAAGUCCACAUAUCUCAGAAGAGUUACCGGUAUUCGUGGCUCCCUAUGUUCUAAGUGGCUAUGGAGAGGGAGCUGUCAUGGGUGUUCCGGGGCAUGAUACAAGAGACCUAGCUUUCUUCAAGGAGAACCUGCAGCCAGAGUUUAUUUCGAUGGUCAUUCAACCCGAAGCCCAGGUUUACGAAGAUUCAUCCGUUGUUCCCGCACAUGAUGCCAAAGCUUUCACGAACGAAGGUUAUUUGACAUCACGAUGCUGGAAAUACCAAGGCCUCAGCUCCAAAGAAGCCGCAAGACAGAUCGUGUCUGACCUGGAAAGAAUCGGCCGAGGCGAAACAGCAGAGUCAUGGCGACUUCGUGAUUGGCUAAUCAGCAGACAACGUUACUGGGGAACUCCUAUUCCCAUGAUACACUGUGCAAGCUGCGGUCCAGUACCUGUACCAGUUGAUCAAUUACCUGUCAAGCUCCCCGAGAUUGAGGGAGACUGCUUCAAAGCACAAAAAGGAAAUCCACUCGAGUCAGUUGCAGAUGACUGGCUGCACACGGAAUGUCCACAAUGUCACGAACCGGCAAAACGUGAUACAGAUACAAUGGAUACCUUUGUGGAUUCGUCGUGGUAUUACAUGCGUUAUCUGGACCCUAAAAACCCCGACGAACCAUUCUCUCCUGCUGUUGCUCGACCAGUCGAUAUAUACAUCGGAGGUGUCGAACACGCUAUUCUUCACCUUCUUUAUGCAAGGUUUAUAUACAGGUUUCUGACCCAGACCGAGUUUUUCCCGGAACUGGCACAUACUCAACCCAGUCCAGCGGCUCCAGCGGUAGCAGAGCCCUUCCGGACUUUGUUAUCGCAAGGCAUGGUUCAUGGAAGAACCUACUCUGAGCCAUCUACAGGCCGAUUCUUAUUACCCUCUGAGCUUGACUUGACAGAUAAACAGAAUCCUCUGAUCAAGGGCACAAUGGUUCGUCCGAAUAUCUCGUAUGAGAAGAUGUCCAAGAGUAAACAUAACGGCAUUGAUCCUAUGAUAUGCGUGGAUAAAUACGGAGCAGAUACUACACGUGCACACGUCCUCUUUUCUGCUCCCAUUGCUGAAGUCCUCGAAUGGGAUGAGGCCAAGAUCGUUGGUAUUGAGCGAUGGUUUGGCCGGAUGUGGAAAUUGGUUUCAGAUGCUGCUACAACGCUUUCGCAGAUGAAGUCAGGAGGAGUAGAAUUGACAAUUGAAAAUAUACAAAACCAACCACACGCAUUCCCAAAACUGCCGAAUCUCAUCAAUCUUUCGGACGCAGAUAUUGAGGCCCUUCUCGCUACGCAUGAGACCAUUGUUUCAGUGACGAAUUGCAUCGAGAAGAAUCCUUAUGCCUUGAAUACGGUCAUAUCCGAUUUGACCAAGCUCACAAACACGCUUUCUUCCAGCCGGUCUUCCUCUACCAACCCAGAGAUACUGUAUACAUGUAUCUCCUCACUUUUACGGCUGUUAGCACCCAUCGCCCCGGCUCUCACCUCCGAGACUUGGGAAAUUCUGCAUUCGAGAAUACUCGAGUCCGCGGAUGUAGGGUCUAUCAACAUGGCAACAACAACCUGGCCAACGCCACUCCUCACAGAAGCUGAAGCAAACUCUCUUCGAUCUCGCGGCGGUCAAAAUGUCGGCGUUCAGAUUAACGGUAAACUACGUUUUAACGUGACUAUCCCCCGAUUGAUAUCUGGCGCUACCACAACGCCAUCAUCAGAAGUGCAGAUCGAUGAAAAGACAUGGAUAAUAGAUCAAAUUCUGGCAACAGAUGAAGGGAAAAUGUGGCUCAAAGAGAAAAAUGACUGGGGUAAGAGGAAGAGGGUUAUCGUCGUUCCAGGGGGCAGGGUUGUGAAUAUUGUUUUUUGA